UUUUAUUUUUUCUUUCUCGAUUAUUCUUUUACUUUCUAUUCUUUUGCGAUGCUCUCUUCCUCCUGUCUUCUCGAUUUCUCUUUCUCUCUCGCCCCUUCUCUUUUUCAAGAUCGACACAAUCCAAUACAUCUUUUACAAAAUUCUAGUAUUUGUGCUGAACAUACACAAUAGCUGUUUCCUAAUUGGUUGGUCCCUCUCUUCGUCAGGCUUGUGCCUAGGCUGGGGAGGGGAAAUGAUGAGAUGCACAGGAUGAAAAAUUUGGCUCCGGCACAUUCUAUGGUGUACAGCGUUCUGUCUAUGUCAUAUCUUCUGUCGUGCAAAUUCUGUGUAUUAUUACAGUGUGUUCCUCUAUCAUAUAAUAUCUGCUAAUUUAUUCGUCACUUGAAUUUCGUUCGACAAACAAAACUCCAAGAAUAUAAUAAUAUAAAUAUUGUAAUACACUCGGUGUAAUUGAUUUAAUCGAUCAAGAACUAUGAAUGUCCAUCCAGGAGGCACACUAAAAGAAAUACUCGUUGAUAGAAAUAUUAUGAUAUGGGAUCCAAUUAAGGAAAAACUAUUAUCUCCCGGAAAAUGCAUGGAGAUCAAUUGUGCUUUCGGCCAGACGACUAAAAUGGUCUUGCUGCCGCAUCUACAUCACGAAUCUCUACAUUAAUAGGUACCGAUAGUUCGGAAGUUAUGAUAGAAUACGCGAGAAGAAAAUACACUGGCGAAAGAAUAGAUUUCGAUAUAUUGGAUAUUCAAGCGGAAAAUCUACCCGAGCAAUAUAUAGGUCAAUUUGAUCACGUUUUCUCAUAUUCCACCAUAAAUUCACGUAAUAAUGUUCUGCAAGAAAUUAAAAAUGUAUCUAAACUACUGAAACGUGGAGGGUGCUUCCAUUUGACAAUGGUCCUCGCACAUGACGCAUUUGGAUUGUAUAAUAAAAUGCUGAAUCAUCCAAUUUAUGGAAAAUAUUUUAUGAAAUACGUUUCAGAUUUUCAUUAUUAUCACGUUAAUGCCGAUGGUUACUUAAGACAAUUGAUUGAAUUCCAAGGAUUUAAAAUAAAGUACUGUCAAACAAAGGAUAUAAUAUAUAAAUCUAAUUACAUUUUACCGCAUAUCGUCUUUGAGCUUCCUUCCAUACAUGAACUGACACCUGAACAACAGCAAGACCUUAAGGACAUAUUAAAAAAGAAAUGGAACAAAAUGGAAAAAAAGUUUGAUCGAUCUUCAUAUGCCAAUGACCCAAAAUAUGACCCAGAAUGUAACGAUUUAUUCGAUAUUGUACAAAUAUUAGCAUAUAAAUCGUAAUACCUGUUAGAUUUUUAUAAUGAUAGAGUUAAUUAACUAUUCUAUCUAUCUAUAAUAUAAAACAUAUUCUUUAUGUAUUUAUAAUG